AUGUCCUACCCGUCAGCCGCCGAUUCCAACCCGUCCCUCGGGACGUCUGCCUACAUGAUCCCAUCGAGAUACGGAUCGUAUUCCUCCCCAUCGGACGAUGAAAUAGCUUCUCUCCCGUCGGAGUCGACAGCGUCGUCGGACCUUGACUCCUUUUCCGACGACUAUUCCGACGCCGAAGAAGAAUGGAGAGAGAGCAUCGAGCAGCUCGAGCUGCUUUUGACAAUGGUUAUUGUGCCUUUCAUCGGGAAAUAUAUGGGCAGGAAAUGCGCUUAUUGGGGCUGGACUAGGUUCAUGGAGUGGAAGUAUCCUGUUGAAAUCGUCAUGACCAACAAGGGGGCGUUCAAGGGGGCUGGCGUCGUUGGGGCUCUUGCCAGUCUAUAA